ACGAGUAGUACUAGUAGAAGUACAUGCGUUUUCUUGUUUCUAUAACUUCUCUCUCUCUUCGAUUUUUACUCUUUUUCUAUGCCCUUUUCAUUACAAAACUAGAAAGCUACCUCUGUAACUUUCGAUUUUGAUCGGUGCAAAAACAAGAACCAAAAAGGAGGAGGAAAAUGGAUUCACAUCAAUUGUUGCCUUCUAAUCAGGUACGCUAUGUAUCAGCAACUUCUUCAACUUCCUCUUCAUCUUCACUUUGUACCGAAAAACACCCUACUUGUUCCAAAGCACAGAACUGUCUGUUCAAAAUUCUAAGGACAAUCUCCACUAUCCCACCUGAAAAUACCAUAAAGCUUCAAUCUUUAUCGAGUUCCCAACUCAAAGAAUCAGAAUAUGUUGUGAAAACCGAGUUUAAUGAAUUCCCCAUUGACUUGAAUGUUGGGUUUUGUGCUUCGCCGGAAAAUCAAGAAUCUGAGUCUCCUGUUGAUGGCUUCACCGCCGCCGGGAGUGAAAAUUCCGGUGAGGUUGGGAAAUGCUCUGAUGGUGAAUGUGAAGUUGGGAAAGAAGAGAAAUUGUUGAACAGUGACAGUUUUACUGAUGGUGGACUUGCCGGUGCUGACGUGGAAAUUCUAGAAAUUUCUCAGCUUGAGAAUAUUAAUGGGGUUUCUGAAAUAGGGAAAGUCGAAGAGGAAAAGGGGUUCAUGGGUUUGCUCAUUGAAGCAGCAAGAUUGAUAUUUGGUGAAUUCAAAGACGAGGAUUCUGAUUUUGAACCGGAGCCAGAGAAGAAAAUCAGAACAAAGCAACUGAAACGGAGAAAUAAGUGCUGGGGAAUGGAAUACGUGGAGGAGACGGCGGACGGAAAAUGUUCGUCGCCGGUGGUUAGAUCGAAAAGGGGGAGGAUUCAAAUGUUGCCCUGCAAAUAUAGAGACUCUAUUAUUGAGCCAUUGACGCGAUUUUCAAGAAAUCGGUCGAGCAUUGUAGCCAAUAGACGGCCAGGAUUGCUUAGGGGAACAUCCGAUAAAAUUGGAACGAUACAUAGAUGAAUUCAGUUGGAGGAUGAAUUUGGUUCACUAGAAGGAGGUGGAAAACUUAAGAUGAAUGUUUCUAAAAGAUGAUAGUUAUGGUAUAGAGAGCGAGAAAAGAGGAAAUUCAGGCGACAAAGAUGAGACUAUUAACCUUUGGAACAUCGGAAGGAAUCAUCAAAUGAAAAUUGCAUAAAAAGAGGACAAAAAUACAAAAAAGAACACAAAAGCAUCAAGUAUCCAAACCGUGCUAUAAACCAGGCUUAGCACGGUUUAGACCGUGCUACAGAGCUCGCCCAGCACGGUCAGACCGUGCUGCAGAGCUCGCCCAACACGGUUUAUACCGUGCUACAGAGCUCGCCCAGCAAGUUUAGACCGUGCUAUAGAUCAGGCUUCGCGAGGUCUAUAGUACGGUAAUUAAAAGUCGCGGGUUAAAAGACCCAAACCCGAAAUUGGACCGGGGGAUUGACAUAAAUACUCCCCAAAUGAGCUAUUCUAAGGUUGGACAUAAUUUUGGAGAAGAAAUAGGCUGCCAAGCACUGUGGAGCAAGAAUCAAACGAGUUUUCCCUUCCUUUAUCUCUUUACUUUGUAGUUUCAUGUCUUCAAACAUUAUGUUGAUUGUUGUUGUAUU